AUGAAAAAUGAAAAAAAAAAAUUUCAACCUUUGAAUGAACUAUCAUCAACCGACAGUCAGACCAUGUUUGGAUUAAGACUCCCAAGGAAAUCACCUACUGGUGUGCUCAUCCUGUUGAGACCAUCAUCAGUAUCCAAUCUAUCUAUUCAAAGAUCAAUAUCGUUGCUUACAAAACAACCAGCAACCAUUCAUGCCCCGCGUUCUUUAAGAUUAACAAGAUCAAUGAUGAAAGUAACUUAUUUGAAGACAUCAAAUUUAGGAACAGCUAAAUAUAUCAUUCAAGCAUUAACAGGUAUUUAUUGUGGUAUUGUUAUAGUAUCAUUAUUGCUGUUUUAUAUAUUGUAUCAAGAUGCAAAUGAUCGUCAAUUUAUACCAUUUUGGGAUACUUCAAUCGAUGAUAAAUUGAAUUCAGUUUUGGCCAUUAAUAAAGAUGAAGUAUGUGAAUCUCCAAGACAUGCAACUAAGCACUAUCGUAGAUUAUUAAUUGAAUUAGCUAAACAAGAAUAUCCAGAUUUGAACGAAGAUCAAUUUGAUAAUAGAUUUAAUGUUCCUAUUUUAAGUAAAGACUUUUUAAUUCAAGAGAAGACGCCUAAAUUUAUUAAUUUUUAUAUUGAUAUGAUUUUAAGGUAUUGCAAAUGCUUAUUAAGUAAAGGAGAAGUUGAAGUUUCUAUUGGUUUAUUAUCAAAAAUUGUCAAUGACGAUUUUUUAUUUUAUAAAGUUGGUGAUGCUGAAAAAUUAUCUUCAAGUAGUAGAAUCUUGGCCAAGAUUACUAAUGAUCCAGAACAAUCUAUUCCGAUAUUAACCAGAACCAUUGAUAUGUUGGUUCAAAACCAUCCAAAUUCCAUGAAAAUUGAUGAUAAUUAUAUCUUGGAUGCAAAUUCAAAAAUAUCUGAUGAAUUGAUUAAUUGUUUAAAUGAUUUAGCUUCAAAUUUUGCAAAAUUAUCUAAAUCUAAAAGAAUAUCCAAGAAACAAAAAUCCGAUUUAUUAAGUAAAUCUUUACAAAUUUAUUUAUCAGAAUUAAGAUCAUUACAGGAUAUUAAUAAAUCAAUUGAAUUGGGCAAAGCCAAUCAAGCUAGUUAUCCAUUGUUUAAUUGUGAACGAGCAAAUCUCACCACUAUGAUAAACACCAUUAAAGCUCAUAUUAGUGAAGUCAUGUGGGCUAAAGGAUAUAAAGACAAUGCUAUUGAUUGGUCAGAGCAAAUAUUGAAUGAUUUGUAUAUGGAUAGAUAUUCCGAUGCAAGAAUUGGUCCUAUAUUACUAAACGUGUUGAAUAAUUUAGAGCUCAUGUAUGGUAAUAUGAAACAGCCGCAAGAAAUUGAAAGAAUCAAACAAUUGAAACAUGAUGUUAGAAUAUAUGAUAUUCGUAAUAAAUUUGAAAACAUUUCAUGGUAUGAUAAAACUAUUAAAAAAAUGAGUAAAGUGAUCUAUGCAAAGACUCCAUUGGGAUUAAUUGAAAGAUCUCUCAAAGGUAGAUUUGAUCCAAAUCAAAGAAUACAAAAUUUGGAAGAAUUUGAAGAUGAAGAUGAUGAAAGUAUAUUUGCCAUUAAAUAG